AUGAGCACAUCGGUUCCGUUGGCCGAUAACAGCGCGGACAUAGUCAACAUGGUGAUGAACAAUAUUCCAGGCCAAACCGCACUCAACGCCAAUAGCACAGGAGUCACUCCAGGCAGUCAGCAGAACGAUGGAGCACUUGGUCAACAACAGCAGCCGGCGCUUACUGAGCAGCAGCUUCAGCAGCUCCAACAGUUCCAGCAGCUACAGCUGAUGCAACAACAACUGGUUGCUCAGUCGCAGGCACCUGGCGUGUCUCAGCUACAGCUCCAGAAUAUUGCGCAGGUGCGACAGGCCAUCCACAAUCAGCAAAUGGCUAUCCUGGCUCAGCAUCAACAACAACAGAAUCAGCAGUCAGUGCAGCUUGCACAAGGUGUCUCUGGACUGCAGUCGGUAGCUGCUCCUGCAACAAAUGUUACGUCUACUCAGGCCCCUAGUACGUCGAAAGCAGCAGUAACAGCAGCGGCAGUGCCAACAACCUCUGCUGCAGCAACCACACCAGCAACACCUACCACGCCGACACAGUCUGCGACAAACGGCGUUGCUCGGACCCAGGUUCCGCGAACAGGCACGCCAACGGGUAUGGAUAGCAACCAGAUAGCAGCACUGGAAGCAAUUGCUGCCAGAAUUGGUAUUCCAGCCAACAUUCGGGCGACACUGCCGCCAGCACAGCUGCAGGCAUUAAUACAAAACUACCACGCACAGCAGCAAUUGCAGCAACAAUACCAGCUACAGCAGCAGCAGCAGCUACAGAUGCGGUUACGACAGGCAUCGGAGACACCAAAUGCAGCUGGAGGACAAACGCCGAUCUCGGCAAAUGCGAAGAGCGCAGAGAUGACACGGUCGGCCUCGGUGCGGUCGUCAAAGAGCGUAGCGCGAGAUCGGUCAAAGAGCCAGUCGCCUGGGCCGCAGCAGCUGCUCGGGAUGCCACGGCCAUUCUCGCCAACGGCAUCGUUCUUGUCACAGGCAUCGCCGCCGCCGCCGCCUUUUGGCGGAGUGUCGUCAGGUAUUCAGUCGCCACGCACCCUGAGCAGCGGUGGUGUGAUGCAGCGGAAGGGCUCGGUGGCCUCUGCGUUCGCCGAUGAUCCCCGGGCAACACCAACGCCGAGCGAGGUCAGCAUCCGCGGUGGAACGCCGCAUACUGCUUACUCGCCGGAGGAAGUGGCAAAGGCCAUAAAGUCGUCGGAGGAGUUUGUGAAGAAGCUGCCCGAGUUUAACAGCGAGACGUUCAUGGAGUUCUUGCUAAAGUUCUACAAAGAGAACGACAUCACGGGCAACUUUAGCAAGAAGCCGGUGUUCGACGAGAAGCACAUCGAUCUGUACCGGUUUUUCUGCGAGGUGAUCCGUAGUGGCGGGCUGGAGCAGGUGCACACAAAGCGGAUCUGGCGCCAGGUGGCCAAGGACUCGGGGUUGCCAGACAUUCCGACACUGCCCCCGCUGCUCAGCCGCUGGUACAAGAGCUGGUUGCAGCCGCUGGAGCAGCUGCGGGUGUUCCCACCAGGCCAUCCAAAACACACGGGAAUACAUGCCAACUUUUCGCUGAAGAAGCGGAAAAAGGACUCGCUCAACAGUCCCGGUGGCACGCCUGGGCCUGGCGGCAUUGAGCGGUCGUUCUCGGUCAGCGCCGAUUCGCAGAAGCGCAUGAAGAUGUACAGUCCGUUGACUAAUGGUGCUGUGUCGGCUAACGCGAGCCCAGCACACCACACACCACCACCACCCCCGCCACAGAUGAUGUCCGGUAUGGGGAUGUCCAUGGGCAUUCCUCCGCAAAUGAACGUGGCUGCCAGUCUGUCGUCGCUGCCCACACUCCCGACCAAUGGACUGGCAUCGACGCCGACGCGACCAGCGUCGCAGGUUGCAGUGUCCGGCACCAGCAAUGUCCAGUCACCAGUGACUCCUAAACCUGCUGCUGUGUCAAUUGCGAACAAUGCGACUGCUGCUGGACCAGUGCCCAAUGGUCCAGCCCCACCACCGGCAGCUGGUCAACAGCAGUCUGUAGUUCAGCCACAGCCACAGCAACAGCCACAGCAACAGCCACAGACACAGCCGCAGCCACAGACACAGCCACAACAGCCAGGCCCCGGCACAGUCCAAGGUGCAGGUUCUCACGGUCCCCCCUCCGCCCCCUGGACCAAAGCCGCUGAACUGUUGCGGCUUCCGAAUCUUGGAGACUAUGGAUCAAUCGAUAUUCGCGCACUGACUUUGAGCAUCGAGUCAGGGAUUGCCAUGGAGGUCACCAAUGCGCUAAACACAUUGGUCCAGGCGACAGCGCAUCCUGACACAGUGCUGCCGUUGAGGCAGUGUGACGAGCUGGCCGAGGCGUUGUUUGACAUUCUUCAGGGCAUCAAACUGCCAUCCGAGACUAAGCAGUCGAACACACGGCUGUUCAACGACUCCUAUGAAGGCGCGGUAGAUGAGGGCGGUAUGGUUGGAGAUGACAUUCAGGACGAGACAUCGCUGCGCGGCUUGCUACUGGGCGGCGAUGACUUGUGGUCGUUCACAUCGAACCGCGCGCUGACAGUGAUUUAUGCUUUGCGCAACCUGUCGUUCUUGCACGUCAACCAGCAGUAUUAUGCCGACAGCGCCGAGUUUGCCAGCAUGUUUGUUAGCUUGGUACAAAAGUGCCGGCGAGCAGUCGACGGAGUGCGGCAGCAGUUUUCAGACAGCGAUGGCAGCGAGCGGCUGACGAGUCUUGUUGUCUGGCGUGCGGUCGAGUUCCGCAAGUCGCUGCUGCUGAUCUUGUCAAACAUUGCCCACAUGGUUAAUCUGAAGGCCAAGGGCGAAGAGUUUUUGCAAGCGACGAUGGAGCUGCUAGCGUACUUUGCCGAUGAGCAGCAGACCACGGAUGUGAUUGAGGGCUGGCUGCGGGAUUGUGCGCCGGUAGUGAUGGGCGACCCACUGGCUGGCAUUGCGCAUGUCAAGGCUUUGGACGGCCACAUGUACUAUUUGCUGGCGCUGGAAUCGGCGGCGCGGCUGACAACCAUCGACGUGAACCGACUGGUAUUGGCGGGCAAGGUGGACUCGGACCAUUAUAUGGCGCUGGCGAUGGCGUGUGCAGUGCAGAACUUUGGCGAGAAGCGGUUGAUGUGGCUGCAGUAUGCGCUGGUGGUGCUAAGCAAUCUGGUGACAAUUGCAACGCCGCAGCCUUUGGUCGCAUCGCGCAAGUACACGCGGUUCUGGAUCACAGAGAACGGCAAGACCAACCCGAGUCUGGGCAGCAAUGCCAGUACCAACGGCGUUCAUCAGCAGCAGCAACAGCAGCAGCAGCAGCGGGCGACGACCAAGCGGCCGAUGCCAUUCGUGCCUAUGACAUAUGCGGCAAUGGCGGUGCCAGCGGAAAUGAAGCGGUUCCGGCACGAGCUGGCGACCAACACGAACCUGGUGCGUGCGCUGCUGGAGAUUGUGCUGGUGUGGUGCCCGACUCGCCAUUCAACUGAGCUGGCGGAGCGUGCCAUGCAUGUCCUUCAGAUGCUGCACCCCGAGCACGAUGCGUUGUUUGCUGCGCGCUGGCGAGAGUGGGUGGUUGGGCGCACCACUAACACGUACAUUUCGCCGAUGCUGUCCGAGGUGCUGUAUGAGCUGGUGGGGCUGAUCCCUGUGCAGUCUGCUGGGCAGUUGCAGAGCGGCGGGCAAGCGAGUAUUUGCUAA